CUACUGCAGCCGACUUCACGUCGUUGGGUCUUUUCGCUAACAAUUCGUCAACAUGGCAAAUCGCGCUAAUCGUCAUGCCGCCCGCACUGAGGAGUCGGAUAACACUAUUAACUAUGUACAAUGCGAUGGUCUGGCCGUCAUGAAGAUGGUGAAACAUUGCCAUGAGGAGUCGAGCAACAUGGACCUUGCCCAGGGCGCCCUGCUCGGUCUGGUAGUAGACAAGUGUCUGGAGAUUACUAACUGCUUUCCUUUCCCCAAGAGUGGCGAUGAGACCAUGGACGAAGAAAUGUACCAGCUGACUGUGAUGCGUCGCCUGCGACGCGUUAACGUAGACCAUCUCCAUGUGGGCUGGUACCAGAGCUCCGACGUGGGCAAUAGCCUGUCGCUGGCUCUACUAGAAUCGCAGUAUCACUACCAGACUAGCAUUGAAGAGUCCGUCGUGGUGGUCUACGAUACGCAGAAGUCCUCACGUGGAUUCCUCUGCCUGAAGGCCUAUCGCCUCACACCUCAGGCUAUCCAGAUGUAUAAGGAUGGCGACUUCACGCCCGAGGCAUUCCGUACAUUGAAGGUUGGCUAUGAGAGCCUCUUCGCCGAAAUCCCCAUCGUAAUUAAGAACUCGCCGCUGACCAACAUCAUGAUGAGCGAGCUGAACGAGCUUCUGCCAGAGGAUAAGGGUCAUAACUUCCUGGACCUUGGCACUGCCUCGGUGCUUGAGAACCAAAUGCGCAGCCUUAUUGAGCGCGUCGACGAGCUUUACCAGGAGGCGGUGCGUUACAACAAGUACCAGCAAGUAGUCUUCAAGCAGGAUACGGAGAAGCACCGUGCGUUGGCUAAGUUGGCCGCCGAGAACGCGGUUCGUACUUCAAAGGGUGAGCCAACAGUAGCCGAGGAGGAGGUGAUCAAGCAAUUCCGCCCCAUGCCCGUGCCUGCUCGACUGACGGCAACCAUUACCUCUGGCCAGAUCAACACGCACGCCCAGCACAUCGCCCAAUUCUGUUCUCAAUCGCUAGCCAAGCUCUUUAUCACCGAGUCCCUGCAGAACGCCAAGGAAGCCAAGGAAAUCAAGUAGACUAGCUUAUGUUAAACGUUUUUUUAAUCUGAGGCAACAAAAUCUAUAAUUUACAAACAUAGCAUCUGCGCAUACUGAUGUCAAAAAUAAACGAAAACAGCAUUAAGUGUGCUUGGAAGCGAAACACCA